AGGGCACAGUGACGUUACACAAACGGCCGGCGGCAGACCCAUUCAUUAAGAGGAAGCCGCCGAAGCGCUGACCAAGCAUGUGAUGUGCUUGAUAUGCUAUACUUUUUCUUUAUGCCCCCCCUUCCAUUUUUCUCGCAUUUCGGGCCAAUUAUUCUGGCGGCGUUUGGGGUCAUACAUACAUAGCGAUUAUAGGGGGCAUACCUUAGAUAGAGAUGGUCGGCGGAGUUUGCAUCACGGCUACGGGAAAGCUGGUCUCAUUCUCGGGCUGGGCGGCGAUAGACGGCUAUUCACGGCUGGGAGGCUUUCCUUGGGUGAGCGUUGGAAGUUUGCGCGCCGGGAGUUGUUGCUGGGCUCCUUGUUAUCCCAUUCUUGCCUGUGUUCUGUUGACCUUUCCGCUACCCACGAAGCAGGCGGUCAUCUGUGUUACCUUACGGACUAGGGCAGGCAGAUGUGCCGACGCGUUGGCCGGAGUCGGGGCAUCCAUGUCCUCACCACUUCCACCAAUUCCCCCAAGGAUGCGGGCGCGGGGACUUGUAAAAGGUUGCAUCCGCAUACUGACCGACACUGCGGCACAUGCAACCGGCCGUUCGGGGGUUUACAUGCCCCUUGCCGUGGCUGACAGCCCGACAGCAGCGUAUUUUGCUGCCUCUCACCCGGUUACCGCGGCCACAAGGUGCUCUAUGUCGCGCCGUUCGACGCUGAUCGUUCCGAAUCCUCCACUCUUCUGCAUGGAAGACUACAGUUACAUAUGUGGUGAAACAGUUCUCAGGACUGUCUACUCUCUCCGGGUACCGUACGCCGGCCGUUACAUCGGAAAUGGGGCUCCAUCUUCCCCAGAUCCGCGGCGGGCUUUGGUCGCUGAUCUGCCGCUCCCGCUUCAGCCUAAGUUUAAUCUGGUGGCACGAAUUAUUUGAUUGGUCGAAAAUAUCCGAAUUGCGGGCAUUCAAUUGAUGAGAACUCGACUUCCACUUGUGAAGGACUCGUCACGAUGCAGUGCUCCCUACAGCUUCUUUUUUUCAGCCGUUGGAGUUGACAGAGGACACCUUUCUCCAUGCUGCCGCGGUGUCAUCUUUCGCUGGACAUAGAAGGCGGGCUGCCAGGGAGCCCGGUA